AUCCAUUCUGCCUUGAACGAUCUGAUCACCACGGAAGCCGUGGAAAUUGAAAAUCCAAACCGAAUAAACAACAAAUUAAAACACUAGGUCAAUGUUACGCAAAGUAGGGGAAAUCCGUGCUUCCAAGCAUUAAUGAUUAGAAACCGAUUUGUGGAUUUGUUUGCAAACGGCGAGAUGAAAUCGAAAGCAUCGAAGCAUUGCCGGAAAAUGCGUGAUGAAUUGAUGAAAAGAAGAGAGAAAGAGGGAGUGAUCAAAAUCUGUCCACUGAUCACUGACUAAAAACGAAGAAAAGCUACCGAAUGAACCGUAACACGAUGCGGCCUCUAGACGGCUUUGGCUCCGUUGCUUGCAAGUAUUAGAGAGAGAGAAAGGCUUUGAAGAGGUGUUUGCGUGUGUUGAUUUGCAAAUGAGGAUAGAAAUGAAAUGAAAUGCAGCUUUAUGCGUGAAUUAUGACGCAUGAUCACCGACAAAGGCUCACUUCCGCCUGGACGAACACGUACGCGGCUAGGAGAACAAAAUGAGAGUGGUGGGAAACCGAAUGGCUGAUGAUAGAACGCAUGCGGCGGUACGUCAUAAACACCUGCAUAAAUGUCGACUAGCUUCCCCCGUUUGCUUGGCUGUGGGAGGUGGCCUGAGGUGGCCACCGGUUACAACACCUGCGCGAACCGAGCGUCCAUGUCGAUCAAUUUCGCAGUCCAAGAUCAGUCCAGCAGGCGCUGCUGAACGUUGAAGUGUGUCGCAUCGCCCCGUGGUGGUUGAAGCCUGAGAGUGAAAUUAUUGAUUUUAAAGAGCUAUUGAUUACUAAAUGAUUAUAAAAUUAAGUGUUUUUGAAACAAAUUAUGAAGUUUCCAUUCCUUCGAAAUUCACCCUCCCCAAUGAUCAGCUUGGUUCGGCUUUCGGUGCUCUGUGUCGGUUGGCAUCUAGCAACCGUAGAUGCGUUCGAUGUGUUGCUAGGAUAUAACAAAAGUGAAUAUUGGAAAAUUCCGCAACUACAACUGUACGACAGUAUUGAGCAGUGUCUGCACAACAAGCCCGAGGGUGUGUUCUGUGUCGCGAAGGUGGUGAUCAAACCGGACAGCCGGUCGGAAAUAUGGCGGCUUAUUAAAAAAUACUCCAAGUAUACGUUCCAGUACAAUCACGAUGUGCUUACGCGUGGCGUGUGUCUUGACCGGUGUAAGAGCGUGGUGGAGCAAUUGGGUCCCGAAGCAGAGAGGUUAUAUGUGCCAAAGUUUAACGUUUCCAAGCGGUAUGCCAUUUCGGAUUGGUUACUGCCAAAUGUUACCCAAUACCGCCGUGCCUACGGAUACCUUAUGAAUGUGUGCCAAAACUAUGACCUUCGCACACGCUACAACCUGUCCGGGUAUGCGGAAAUCGAAGAAUGUACUACCAAUGAGAAUUUGGACCGACCAAUGGACACUCUGGAUAUUUGCUACAUGAUACUGCUUGCUUUGCUGCUCCUGCUUGCGAUCAGCUCCCAGUGCUACGACAGUUGGCUUGCGCGUAGAUCCAGCGACGACGAAAACUACUACCGAAAAUCGCACAAAAGUCGUGUGGCAACCCUGGCGACUGCCUUUUCGCUGCGCCGUAACUGGGCCCGGCUAACGUACAAAGCGUCCCGCUGCCAGUACCAGCAGGAUUUGGACUUUCUCGAUCUGGUUCGUGUGCUGACGAUGAGCUUCAUACUGCUGCUGCACGUGUUUAUCGGGAUGGCCAUGUUUACCGCCCAGAAUCCACUAGCGAUGGAGCAGUUUUCGGCCCAUCCGUUGUCGCAGAUGCUCUUCUCCAUAGCCCCGUUCCAGGUGGACAUGUUCUUCUGUGUUAGUGGCCUGCUGCUAACAGUGCAGUUUCUAGACCACACCGAAAACAAGCGCUUUCGCAUUAGCAUUCUAUGGCAAGGGCUGAUCAAUCGCUAUCUGAGAUCGCUUCCCGUGUACGCCGUACUGAUGCUCUUUACCGUAUCUCGCUACGACACCUACCAGACGACACCGUCGGCGUACAAAAUUAUGCCCAAAGUACGACUGAUCUGUCGCCGCAAGUGGUGGAUCAACUUCCUGUACAUCAACAACUACUAUCAGCCGGAAGAACAGUGUCUCAUACACACCUGGUAUCUGGCCGCGGACUUUCAGCUGUUUGUGAUCGGUUUGGCGGUGCUGACGUUACUGUGGCGCUUUCCCAAAGCCACCUUCUGGACGGCGGUAACGCUGGGUGUGGUAGGAGUCGUAGUGCCCAUGAUCAACACGUACCUGCACGCCAUGGAUGCAAUGAUGCCACUAACAAUGAAAGGCAACGAGUAUCAGCUCUGGUACGAUGAAUACUUUGUGAAGACUUAUCAGGCAACGGAGACGCACUGCUGCAGCUACUUUUGCGGCAUGAUCGCAGGGUUGCUGUAUAACAAGAUCACACGCAAGGAGUUUACACUUCCACUCGGUACGCUAAAGAAUGUAUUCACAUUGGCGUACAUUUCCAUCAUUGGAUUCGCCCUGCAGGCGCCACUGUACAACAUGAUCCAGUUCAGCAAACCUUCGCUCUGGAUGGCAAUCCUGUCGGGCGUGCAUAAGCUCUCGAUUGGUUCGUUCUACUCGAUGGCCUUCCUGUUGCUUACCUUUCACGAUCGUACGUCAGCCGUGCGACGGUGGUUCAGUGGAAAUGCGCUGAGCCGUGCGAUGGCACGGCUCGGUUUUGGGUUCUACCUGGUGCAGAUGUCUGUCCUGAAGGUGGUGUUCGGGAACUAUCCAGAGGAUACACGCAUCAAUGUGCAACUUAUUGUUUCAACGUUUUGCUCAACAUUCAUCCUGUCGUACAGUAUCGCACUAAUUGCUUUCAUUUUUAUAGAAAAGCCGUUCGAUGUUCUAUUCAAACUGCUGCUAAGCUCUGGUAAACCACGGCGGUCCGAGCUUGAAUCAGCGUCGGUUAGCAAGCAGUCAGCAAUUGGUAGCAUUUCGGUGAUAUCUUCGGCGAAAGAGAACGGACAUGCUAAAGGGAAUGGCAUACAGAAGGAAGUGAAGUAGAAGCUACGUUCCCUUGAGAGGAUUUUUUAUUUAGCAUUUAAAGUUAGUUUACCCUUUAAACGUAUCAUUCAUUCGAGUGCCACCAUGUCACCUAAAGUAGUUUGAAAGCAUUUUUAGACGUACGCAAUUGAUCGGGCUAGAAAAUUGAACAAAAUCACCAUGAUAACGUCCAAAAUUGAACGUAAAAAUGAGAGUAUAGGUACAUUUUAGCGAUCCUUAUCAUAAGUAGCUCAUAGAGGUCAUAUUAACUUGAUAGUAACACCUAAGACGAUUAAACUGAGCCCUCCUUUUCACUCCUUUUUUAAAGCA